GCUUGUGAGUUCAUACAAACAGCAAGACAUUUUACAUUUAGCAGAAGCUUUUGUCCAAAGCGACUUACAGUAAUUCAGACAUACAUUCAUACGCUGGUGGUGGAGGCUGCAGUGGUGCAGACCAGCACAUCAGGAACAGUUUGGGGUUCAGUAUUUUGCCCAAGGACACUUCGACAUGCAGACCAAGGGAAUCAAAACAGCGACCUUCCGAUAACAAGACGCUGGCUCCAUCCCUGAGCCGCAGGUGUCAGAGUCUCACCGUGUUUCCUAAUGAUGAUUUUACUGUAACUUCACAUAUUUUAGUUGACCACAAGUUCAGCCUCCCUCUCACUGUCACUGCUGUAAGCUUUGAGUAGAAAAACAGAUAAUAGAGAUGACAGUAUUUUGACUUUAGGACCAGUUCUGUGGUAUGGAUAAAAUUCUCGUCAGCGAAUGUUUCUAUAAAUCACACGUAUGUUUGAAUAUGUACAUGUCACAGGUUUAAGUGACGUGGCUACCAAGCCGGUGACCACAGUUCAAGUCUGUGUUUAAACAUGUAAAUGUUUGCAACCCAUUUGAUUUUCUAAUGACUUAUUUUAUUUGAACUUUUAUUGAUUUACAUUUUCUUGUUUGAUUUAAAUGAUAGUUGAUACACGUUUGUUUUGAACUGAACAUAAGAUGUCCACAAAUGCUUUGAAAGGAGCCUAUAAAUAAAAAUGUAUUAUUAUUAGACAUGUGGGACGAUAUCCAGCUGAGUUUGUGGUGACAAAAACAGGUAUUUUAAGCCUUAAAAAUGAUGUUUUCCAAACCCUAACCAAGUGUUUUUUGUGCCUAAACCUAACAGAGUAACAGCACAAUGUUGUCUUCACAUAUUUAAAAUCAACAUAAAGCAACAUUAAGUUUUGACUCCUUUAUGGUUUUGCAGAAUGAUAUGUUAUUUUUCUCUGGUUACUGGGUUGUUUGCACAGAAGUAGCAGCCAUGUUGGAUGCAUUUGUCUAAAAUGCUUUUUACCGGCUGUGAAAGAAGUUUUUGUGAAAUAAACCAGAGCUCAGAGUCUUCUAACUGUUUUUGUGGUGUACUAUAUCUUUAAGUUGCCUCAGGUUACAUAACAGAUCAUUUCAUCAGACUUCUCGCAGUGGCACCCAUGUGAGGAGCUGCAGAUCGUUGAAGGUAUCACAGGACAACAGGGAGGUGCAGGUUGGGUUUGUGCGCCACCCUGCGCAGUGGGACCGCAGCUGGCGCGCAUCCACACAACUUUCUGCCGAGUCAUCAUCGGGACAGACGCGCGCAGCUCCGGCCCGGGACCGUGCGCUCCUCUCAGGCCCGCUCAUCUCCAUCACCGUCAGCCCGGACACGACCGGCAUGUCGGGCUCGGUGGAAGCGGAACCGAGGGCCCGUCAGAGGUCCGAAACGAUCCACGUUGUCGUGAAAAGUCUGACAGACAGCAAAGACUUCAUCGUCAGAGGAGGCAGCAGCGUCAGACAGCUGAAAUGGGGUCUCGCAGAGCGCCUGGGAGUCCCGGCAGAGCUGCUGGUGCUGAUCCACUCCGGCCGGGUCCUCAGAGAAUCAGAACUCCUGAGUCACCUCAAAGCACAAGAUGGCUCAGUCCGCCUCCGCAUGAUCCAAAGGCCUCAGCAUUCGUCUGCGGCGCCCACCAGUGAUCCGGCUCCAGAACCGCUCCGGUCAGAGCUUCCCAGUUCUGACCCGGAUAACUUCACACCAUCUCCCACCUCUCCACUCUGCCUGGUGGAAGGUCUGGACAGUCUUGGCCUGACAAACAGCGGCCCUGGCUUCUUCACUGCUAUCCAGCGCCAGAUGGAGAGCCAGCUGCUGGCUGACCCGGAGAUGAUGCGCUGUAUCCUGGGCAGUCGCUUUGUGCAGAGCGCCCUCUCCUCCUCCAGCCCCCAGCUGACCAGACAGCUCAUUCUGUCUAACCCCCAAAUUCAGCAGCUGCUGCCGACAAACCCCGAGGUGGGAGACGUGCUUAACAACGCAGACGUCAUCUCACAGGUGAUGGACCUCAUCAGGAACCCUGACAUGAUAGAGGAAGUGAUGCACGAUGAAGACAGAGCUUUAGGCAAUACGCAGCCAGAGCAGGACAACCAUGAAACCGUCACUGCUGAUCCUGAUGGCAACCAGAACUCUGAGACCAAACAUCUCAAAUUAUCGCAGACUGGAGUGACUACAUCAUCUGGGAAUGAGCAGCCAGCUGAAGGAGAAAGCCAUCAGACUCCAUCCAGUGACUCCACAGAUCCACUCAGAGGACUGACCUCCACACCGAGAGCUGAUCCCAGCCCUCAGAGCACCGUUACUGCAGGAAUGCAGUCACUGCUGGAGGAGAUCACAGCCAGUCCAGGGCUGAUGGAGAGCCUGCUGUCUGGGCCGGAUGUCAGCAGUCUCUUGCAGUGCCUCAGCCAGAACCCCGACCUGGCUGCACAGAUGCUGCUGAGCCACCCUUUGUUCUCAGGAAAUCCUCAGCUCCAGCAGCAGAUGAGACAGCAGAUCCCUCUCUUCCUGCAACAGAUGCAAAGCCCAGAGCUGCUGUCAGCCAUGUUGAACCCCAGAGCCAUGGAGGCUCUGCUGCAGAUCCAACAGGCCCUGCAGACUCUGGCAGCAGAGGCUCCUGCACUGAUACCGAUGGCUGGACUGGGUGACAUUGGAGUCGGUGUCGGUGCCGCCCCUGAGCGAGGAUCUGACUCUGUACUCAACAGCCAAUCAGGAAGCGGUCCUGGGGUUGCCACGGUGACGGAGGAGCAGCAGCAGCAGUUUGUACAGCAGAUGCUACAGGCGCUGGCUAACAGCAAUUAUGGGGUCCACGGCGAGGAGUUCCAGGAGGAGCUGGAGCAGCUGAGCUCGAUGGGCUUCAGAGACAGACAGGCGAACCUUCAGGCCCUCAUCAGCACCGGAGGAGACGUCACCACUGCUGUACAGCAUCUGCUCCGUCCAUGACACAACCACACACACACACAGAUGCUGAUGUGUGCACAUACACUUAAUAGAGCAAUUAUAAAUGAUUACUAAGUGCUUUAAGAAACACAAGAGACAUGUAAGCCUUAUUUAUAUCGCUGCACUUUCAAAGACACACUUAAAUUCAUUCCUUAGCCAUCUGCCUGCCGUAGUUACCCGUCGAAUAUACAGCAGGAGGAUGUUUCCUCCCCUGAUGACCUUCAAGAGUGAUUCUUUAGGUUAGAAACAUGUACACGCACUGAAAUCCACCCCACAUGUGUAGAUGUGUAGCACUUGUAAACAUAUUCAGAGGCAGGUCAUGUAUUAUUAAUCUCUUAGUGACGGUAAGCAGCUCAGGCCUCUUUUCAUCUCUCCCACCUGGAAAAUAAUGAAAGCUUAAAACACCCAGAGACAGUAAAAUGUCCUGGAAGCACGCGGAGGAUUUACACCCUCCGUCCACAGCGACUCCAUCCCUUUACUGCCCUCAUGUUUCACAUCCACCACAGGCUGCACCGAUCAGACACACCAGAUAAUUAUAUAUAUAAAAAAAGUCUGCUUCCAAAAGAUGUAUUUCAAAAAUGGAGAGAGGUUAAAUUUCUGCAAAAAAAACCCACAAAAUGUGUCACACUCUCCCAGGAGAAACAUCAUAUCAGGCGUGAAGAAAUGGAUUGGAGUCCAAAAUGGAGAGAGAGAGAGAAAGAAAAAGGAUUCUAGCCAUUUUGAAACUUUCUUUACAUGUGAGGCUGUUGUUAGAAACCCUUUGUGCCUAACUAUCUUUCACUUGCACUGUCGAGUAAAAAACAAACAAACUGGGAUUUGUUGUUCUUUUCCGUAAGCUUAUAUUCAAGAAAGCUCCAGUAAAUUCACCAUGCUGCAGUGUGUUUGUCUGAAGAGGAGUGGGAGCAUGUUGUGUCUCUACAAAACAACUGACAGAGCAACACUGUCACAGUAAAACUGAUUUUCUUGUUAAGUUUUUGUCCACAUUUUGUCAUUUCACAUGAAUUCAUGAUAUCCAGCUGUAUAAAGCAUGUCAUGUUACCUCAG